CAUUACAUAAAUUGGGGAAAUCAAAGAACAAAAAACAAAACAAAAAAACAACAUACCAUAUGGAAUCACUGUUUAACUCCUUAAGAAUCUUAUUUCCCAGGAAAGAUGAAUUUCACAGCUACUGCGGAAGCUCUGCAAUCUCAGGAAUUGUGUGGCAAUGAGGUGCCUAACGUCCCAGCACUUGGACAGAAGGAUACUGUAGUGAAGCCCUUAUUAGUCGAGCCUGAAGGAAUAGAAAAGGAGGAAACUUUCAACACACUCCUCUGUGCAUCAGAAACAGGAGUACCUGAAAAAUUGUCACUAAAAGUUCCAUCAAAUGUGGUUGAAGGAUCUUCCAGGGCGACAUAUUCAGUUUUGGGUGAUAUACUAGGCUCUGCAAUGCAAAAUCUUCAGAAUCUUCUCCAGAUGCCCUUUGGUUGUGGAGAGCAGAAUAUGGUUCUUUUUGUCCCUAACAUCUAUGUUCUGAAUUAUUUGAAUGAGACACGACAGUUGACAGAGAAGAUCAAGUCCAAAGCUAUCAACCACCUCAUCAGCGGGUACCAAAGACAGUUGAAUUAUAAGCACAAUGAUGGUUCAUACAGUACCUUUGGGGAUCAUGAUGGUAGAACACAAGGAAACACUUGCUUACAGGGUGGAGUAGAUGAUGAGGUGACGCUCUCCGCCUACAUCACCAUUGCUCUGCUGGAGAUGCCACUGCCUGUCACUCACCCAGUUGUCCGCAGUGCUCUGUUCUGCCUGGAAAGUGCUUGGGAAUCCACCUCAGAGGCCCAAGGAAGUCUCGUCUAUACCAAAGCAUUAUUGGCCUAUGCCUUCGCCCUAGCAGGAAACCAGGCCAAGCGAAGACAGCUGCUUGAGUCACUGGACAAAGAGGCUGUGAAAGAACAGGACUCAAUUCACUGGGAACGUCCCGGGAAACUUCAAGAAGCGAAGGCAUUCUAUUAUCAACCUCGGGCUCCUUCUGCUGAAGUGGAGAUGACAUCUUACUUACUCCUUGCCUAUCUUACUGCCCAGCCUGCCCCAUCUCCAGAAGACCUGUCUGUAGCCUCACGUAUUGUGAAAUGGAUCACCAAGCAACAAAACCCCAAUGGGGGCUUCUCCUCCACUCAGGUCUGUGGAGAGACUCUAGGAAGUAAUAUAAGUAUAUUAACACAUACGUAGACACAACCAUAUUCCGGGAGUUGAAUAACUGAAUAGUGUGUCUAAUUCAUACUUUCUUCAUUCCUUCAUCACCAGGAAGAUUCCAGCCUCAUUAUUUUGUAUAUGGAUUAUUGCUCUGUCCUUGU